AUGAACGCAACUGAGAAGUUUUACCUUCCCGUUGAUGGCAUCUUCGACAUGUUCAACUCUCUCGCCGGGCAAUCACGCAUUGCGCACCCAGUCCUCCAGAGCAGCCCAGUACCACAGCGCCCCAAAGUCUCCAACAUAUCCAAGACAGGCAUGGGCAUCAUCAAAACGGUGAAAGGCAGCUGGAGACAGCAGGAGAGGAGAGCGGCUGCGAGCAGAUCCUCGAGUUCUGGGAAUCGGCAGGUGUCGACUGACCGACUCCCAAAAAGGUCCGUGGACUUGCUGGAGCUGGGUCUGACCAAGCCCAGGAACUGUCACAGAAUAGUGGUGCUCGGCGCACCCAAAGUGGGCAAAACCAACAUCCUCCAGCGGUUCCUGGGUAACGAAUUUGAAGAGCUCUAUGAACCCACAACGGAGGACUUUCACCGAAAACUGUUCCACAUCGGCGGAGAGGCGUACCAGAUCGACCUCCUGGACGCAGCGAGCGAGAGGAGCUUCCCUGCGAAGCGGAGGUUAUCCAUCCUGACAGGUGACAUCUUUCUGCUCGUGUUCAGUUUGGAUGACAGAGACUCUUUCGAUGAAGUCUGCGAGCUGCUCGGUGAGAUCCAAGCCGCCAAAGCAAAGCUGCUGAAAUUAAAACAUCCCGCGAGAGUACCGGCCGUGGUCUGCGGGAAUAAAGCGGACCUGGAAGCGCCGGGAGCCGUGAGACGGUCAGAGGUGGCACAAGUCCUCGGGGAGGAUGUCCCAUUCUUCGAAACCUCGGCCAAAGACGGCACGGGACUGGAAGGUGCGUUCAGGGCCCUCGCCGCUCUGGGCGGACUGCCCGACGAGACCGGUCCGUCGCGGCAUCAGCUCAUUCCCAUCCUCACCUACCAGUCGCUGUGCAUUGGCCAGCGGGGCAGGAGAGGGAGCCGGGCGCGGGGACUCGCCGCGCCCUGCGCCGCCAUGGACCCUCUGGCGCGCCGCCCGAGCUUCACCAGCGACCUGCGGCUGGUGCUGAGAUCAAGCACCAAACACAACAAACCCGAGAGGUGUCAGAUUCAAUGA